CAAAUUGUUAGAAACAUCAGAAACAUAUUCGUUGUUUUGACGAAAUUGAAGCUAGCGUUGGCUCAGAGACAGACAUGAAUCCGUUAACAAACGUAAAGAACAUUCAGAAAAUGAAUGAACGAAUGUUGGAGAUGGGAGUGGAAGACAGUCAAGCUUGGCACAAACAAUACAAAGAUAGUGCCUACGUCUUCAUUGGUGGACUCCCUUACGACCUUACAGAAGGUGACGUCUUGUGUGUUUUUUCACAAUAUGGUGAAAUAGUAAAUGUAAAUCUAGUCAGAGACAAGAAAACUGGAAAACCAAAAGGAUUUUGUUUCUUGUGUUAUGAAGACCAACGUAGUACUAUUUUGGCUGUGGACAACCUCAAUGGCAUCAAGCUUGGCGGCAGGAUCAUCCGAGUGGAUCACUGUGCUAAUUAUCGGCGACCCAAAGGAGAUGAGAAGGACGAGCACGGAAACAGGAAGGAGAUUAUUGAGGAAGGCUGCGCACCAAAGACACCGUCACCUUCACCACCGGCUUCUGAUGAGGAAGAGGAAUUACUGGAGCUGCCAAAGAAAAGGAAAAAAGAGAAGAAAGCAAAGAAACAAAAGAAACACAAAGAUGAGAAAACGCCAAAGAAAAAGAAAACGACGGUCAGCUCAGGCGAGGAAGAUCCCGCAGAAAAAAGGAAAAAGCUUGAAAAGGAGCCGUGGAGAGAAAAAGCGCCUGCUAGAGCAAGCCAAACUGAGAAGGACAAACGUGAUAGGACUGACCGAGGUGUACAGCGUGACAGUGAUUCUCAAGAUUUGAAAGUUACGCGUGAUAAUAAGCGUGAUCGUGGGGAACGUGAUUUUAAAGAUGGUGACGCAAGUAGAGAUGUGCAUGAGCGUGGACGUGACCGUGAAGCGCUAAAUCAUGUACGAGACAUUCGAGAGCGUGAUAAGGAAACGCGUGAUCGUGAUGUUCAUGAACGCGAUCGUGAAACGCGUCUUCGUGAUUAUCGUGAACGUGAUUCUGGUGGUGCGAGUGAACGUCACAAUCACGAUUAUCACUCAACGUAUGACCCGAGAGAGCAAACGGACAGGGCUUAUCACGCAUCACGUCACGAUAAAGACCGAGAGGUUGACGAAAAAAGGAAGGAUAGAUUUGAUAAGCUAAGAGACCGUACAGAAGAUGAAGGCAGGACAUACGAAAGACGCGAUAGAAAUCACGACGGUGAUCGCAAAGAUAGAAGAUAAUAGAUACAUGUAGAUAUUAACAGCCAUAGCUUCGCCUUGGGGUGCUUGCCUUUGAAAUGAUCCAGCGCAUAUUUCAAGUUAUCUACAGGCCAAGCGUGCGCAUCAAGCUCAUUUCCUAGGCUCUUCCAUCUUCCAGCCCUCCCGAGCGAGGAGGGAAGAGGAGGGCGGUAAGAUGAGGGACCCUGGGAACGAGGUUGCUCGCGCAUGGCCGUCGUAUCCAGUUCCUAGCCUUUCGCGCCUCCUUCAUUCCAGAUUUUAUCACGUGAUACCCUUGAUGUGCUAAUGGAGAAAGAUAGCUUAUGCCGGAAAAACAGGAAACUCAAUGUCGUAGGUGGAUGCACUCUUCGCACUUCGCGUAGUCUCCUUUGAAACCACUCGCGCUGGAGUCACGCAACACUUCCCGUGCGUGACUCCGGUGCAAGCGGUUGUGAAGGCGACUUAACUUUGCCAGAUGCCUUUUGAUAUGGAUGGCCCUGGACUACAACAGGUUUCUUUGAAAUUUAAAUAUAGCCAUCAUAAUGCAAGUGUAUUCUCAUUGCAAAGAUAUGUGAAAGGAGCAACUCAGUAAAACUCAAUAAACAGAGCUAGCAACUCAGUAAAACUCAAUAAACAAAGCUGAACCAUUGAUAUCUAUCUACUCUUGGCUCUGUGUAAUCUGCACUGUGUAACUCUUAUACGGGUUGAAACAAAAUUACCAGAAUAGAACAUUUUAUUUUCUUGUCGAUGAAAAAUGAAACAAAAAAUCACAUGUUUUUAAAUGAACUUUCCUUUCCCACUGAAAAGUAUAGUGCACAUUGUAACGCAAUACAGACACCAUGCAGUUCUAUUUGAUAGUUCAAUUCUUAAUCUGACCACAAAAGUACAGCUAGGAAAAAAAUCUAGGUAUUUAAGAUUUUCGCUCGGACGUCCUUAAAAAAUUCUCCUGUGUUCUUUAAAAAUCUCUAAUCUUCAUUUAAAACUAAUUGGCACUUUUCUUGCUCUUUGAAGUUUGAAUUAUCAUCAAUAACAUUGUCUGAUUUCUAAAAAUUAAUUUCUGUCACGAAGAUGCCGGUACAGUUAAAUCAAUCGGAAACGGUUAUCAUAAUUUAGUAAGUCACCUCCGUUAAUUUUGAGGCCAUUAAUCUGUAAAUAUCCAGCCCCCAGAAGCUGCAGAGUGAUGUACUGUGCCAGAAUUGGCCGGUCAAAGAAGAUGACAUGUCCCUCCUCUACAAACCCGUGAGGUGGACCGGCAAAGAAUCCGCACCUGGAGUUGACCUCCAGCAUCUUGUUAGCAUCGGUUCCUCUUUCCUGGGCUGUGAAACCGUCAGGGACAGGAGCCAUUCCAGCUCUGAUCUCCACAUUUACUAGCCUAUUCCAACAGCUGUUCUUACGGUUGAUAAUGGUCACUGCCGAGAUUAGCACAGGGGAAGGGAACUUCACCUCUAGCCAUGGAUUCAUCUCGCAUUUCGAGUGGAAAAAAGUAACAUCACUGUUCGAAAUUUGCCCGUUAAUGGCUAAUUUUGGUGCCCAAUUAUUGAAAUUGCCUUGGUAAACUGAAGAACCACGAGCUUGAAAGACAAUUUCUUCUUUCG